AUGUCUUCAUCCAGACUUGGGCUCCGUUUGGCUGCCUGCUUACUAAACAUUUCCGAAGCCAGAAGAAAAUACGUUGUUGAGAAUAUAGCAAAAGCAGCUCUUCUUGACAAACACGGACUCAACCAUCCUGAAGUAUCAGUACUCAAUAUAUUUUCUGAUCAAGACUACAACAGAUCAGUCAUCACAAUAGUGGCUUCUGUUGAGAAGCUAGGCCUUGCUCAGAAUCUGGUGCUGCAUAUACCUGGCUUCAGUGUGUUUCUGUUUGGUGAAGCUGACCUGCCUGAGAAGCGCAGUCUUGUCCAGAGAAGGAAGCAGCUGGGCUGGUUUACAAGGAGAGAUUUCAGCCACCUUCAGCUUGAUCUGGGGGUCACCCCUGCCAGAAGAUGUGGUAUAACAGCUUGCUUCAGGGCGUUGUGA